UUAUUUCUACUUCUCAGUUUUGAGUACUUUUUUUUUAUUACUCAGUUAUUUUGGUUUGAUUUCAUUUCAACGACCAAGGUCUUUUUUUUCCAACUGCUACUCAACUCACUCAACUUGUUGGAACUCAAUCAGCCUUUUUUGACUCAAACCAAACAAAGUAAGUUCAGAAGAUGGCGUUGAACCUGAGUGAAGAGUACGAGUACGAGUAUGACGAGCCGGAGAACAGCACCAUGUGUGACUACGAUGAGUGGGAGCCGUCCUACUCGCUCAUCCCCAUGCUGUACAUGGUCAUCUUCAUGCUGGGCCUGUCGGGCAACGGCGUGGUCAUCUUCACUGUGUGGCGCUCGGCGCAGUCCAAGCCGCGGCGCGCCGCAGACGUCUACAUCUGCAAUCUGGCACUGGCCGACCUGACCUUCGUGGUGACCCUGCCCCUCUGGGCCGUGUACACGGCGCUGGGCUACCACUGGCCCUUCGGCAUGACGCUCUGCAAGCUCAGCAGCUACGUGGUGCUGCUCAACAUGUACGCCAGUGUCUUCUGCCUCACCUGCCUCAGCUUCGACCGCUACCUGGCCAUAGUGCACUCGCUGACCAGCUCGCAGCUGCGCACCAAGUCGCACAUGCAGGCCUCCCUUGCCUUCAUCUGGCUGCUGUCCGGCGUCCUGGCCUCCCCAACGCUGGUCUUCCGCACCACCCGGGAAGAAGGCAACACCACCAUCUGCAUCAUGGACUUCACCCUGGUGGCGGGCGACGACAAGCGCAAGGAGGCGCUGUGGAUCGCGGGGCUGGGGAUCUCCUCGUCCGUGCUGGGCUACCUCCUCCCGCUGCUGGCCAUGAUGGUGUGCUACGGCUUCAUCGGCUGCACCGUCACCCGCCACUUCAACAGCCUGCGCAAGGAGGACCAGCGCAAGCGGCGCCUGCUGAAGAUCAUCACCAUGCUGGUGGUGGUCUUCUCCGCCUGCUGGACGCCGUUCCACGUGGUGAAGGGCAUGGACUCGCUGUCGUACCUGGGCCUGGCGCCGUCCUCCUGCACCUUCCUGAGCUUCCUGCUGCUGGCGCACCCCUACUCCACCUGCCUGGCCUACGUCAACAGCUGCCUCAACCCCUUCCUCUACGCCUUCUUCGACACCCGCUUCCGCUCGCAGUGCCUGUUCCUGCUCAACCUGAAGAAGGCGCUGCACUCCAGCCCCGCCAGCUCGCUCUCCUCCCACAAGACCGAGCAGCAGUCGCUGGCCACCAAGGUGUGAUGAUGGACGGACGGAUGGAUGGAGGUGACAGGACAGAGAGGAGAGCAGGAGAAGAAGGAGAAAAGAAGAGAAGAGAUGAGGAAAGGAUGGAGAACAUGGUGGUGUGUGGUGGUGGUGGUGGUGGAGGUUCUAAGAGGAGAAUCUUCACUGUUGCCGUGAGAGACACUGGACCUAAAAGGAUGGAGGGAGAGACUUUGAAAAGACGGAGGUGAGCAAGAGUCAAGAAUUUGAAGAUGUC